GUGCCAUCCGGCUGCCAAGGCUGCAGGCGACAGUGAUGAAGGACACAGGCGUCCUCCUCGGUGCACGUGUCUGGUGUCCUGUUACGUGGGAGAGGGAGUGGGAGUCCUUAGCGUCACACCACCUGAGGAGGGAACCACUUGAAGGGCAAGAGCGAGGACAGGAACACAAAAGUACUGCCGAGGGACUUCAUUGAAGAAAAGCCACAGUCCUCCACAAGAUGGCCGAGGCCCAUCAGGCGGUGGGCUUCCAGUUCACCGUGCGUCCUGAUGGCGUGGACCUGAAGCUGAGCCAGGAAGUCAUCAAGAACAUCUACCUGUCGGGGGUGACGGCGUGGAAGAAGAGAGCCAUACAGUUUAAGAACGGCGUGUUGGCUGGAGUCUACCCCGCCAGUCCAUCCAGCUGGCUGAUUGUGGUCAUAGCCAUGAUGAGCAGCCUGUACACGGGCGUGGAUCCUUCUCUGGGACUGAUGGACAUCAUCAAGGAGAACCUUCCCCUCAGAGGAUGUAUAUCCACGCAGACCCGAGCCGUGCUGGGCGCCAUCGUGUUUGCCAGCGGACUCUGGCUCUUCCUCAUCUACCUGCUCAGGUACACCCUCAAAGCUCUGCUCUCCUACCACGGGUGGAUCUUUGAGUCCCACGGCAGAAUGAGCACGUCCACCAAAGUGUGGCUGAACCUGGUGAAGAUGUUCUCUGGGAGAAGACCUCUUUUGUACAGCUUCCAGGCCUCCUUGCCACGACUGCCUGUUCCUAAUGUGGAGGACACCAUCUACAGGUAUCUGGAGUCAGUGCGCCCUCUGCUGGAUGAUGAGCGCUACAAGCAAAUGGAGACACUGGCCAGCGAGUUCCAAGAGUCCAACGCUGCUCAGCUGCAGAGAUACUUGAUCGUCAAGUCCUGGUGGGCCACUAACUAUGUGAGCGACUGGUGGGAGGAGUACAUCUACCUGAGAGGCAGGGGCCCCAUCAUGGUCAACAGUAACUUCUACGUCAUGGACCUUCUCUACGUGACCCCCACACACCGCCAAGCUGCACGGGCGGGCAACGUGGUCCACGCCAUGCUGCAGUACCGACGCAAGCUGGAGCGGGGCGAGCACGCACCGCUGAGGGCUUUGGGGACGGUGCCUAUGUGCUCCACUCAGAUGGAGAGGAUGUUCAACACCACACGCAUCCCUGGCAUUGAGACAGACAUAGUGCAGCACCUGAGUGACAGGAAGCACCUGGUGGUGUACAACAAGGGCAGGUUGUUCCAGGUGUGGCUGUACACAGGAGGACGUCACCUCCUCCCCAGUGAACUGGAGACCCAGUUCUCCAGGAUCCUCAGCGACACGUCGGACCCUCAGCCGGGGGAGCUGAAGUUAGCGGCGCUGACGGCGGGCAAUCGGGUUCCCUGGGCUCAAGCUCGGAUCAAGUACUUCAGCCAAGGAGUGAACAAGACCUCCUUGGACGCGGUGGAGUCGGCCGCCUUCUUCCUGGUGCUGGACCACGAGCCUCAAGGUUACGACCCUGCAAGGAGCGACAGUCUGGACGCCUACGCCAAGUCACUGCUGCAUGGCAGAUGUUACGACAGGUGGUUUGACAAGUCCUUCACCUUGGUUUCUUACCCUAACGGGAAAAUGGGAAUAAACGCUGAACAUUCCUGGGCUGACGCACCAAUAGUAGGACACAUGUGGGAGUACGUCCUGGCCACAGACUGCUUCCACCUGGGCUACACAGAGGAGGGACACUGCAAAGGAGACGUCAACAAGGGUCUCCCUCACCCCACCCGACUCCAGUGGAACAUUCCUCAGGAGUGCCAGAACGUCAUCGAGACCUCCUACCUGUCCGCCAAGAAGGUCGCCGACGACGUGGACUUCCACGGCUACGUCUUCAAGGACUUUGGGAAAGGUCUGAUCAAAAAGUGCCGGACCAGCCCGGACGCCUUCAUCCAACUGGCCCUGCAGCUGGCCCAGUUCAGGGACCAGGGAGAGUUCUGUCUGACCUACGAGUCCUCCAUGACGCGCAUGUUCAGAGACGGCCGCACUGAGACCGUGCGAUCCUGCACCGCCGAGGCCGUCGCCUUCGUCGGAGCCAUGGAGGACAAACGACGGACAAACAGCCAGAGGCUGGCCUUGUUCCAGAAGGCUGCAGAGCAGCAUCAGAACAUGUACCGUCUGGCCAUGACCGGCUCUGGGAUAGACCGCCACCUCUUCUGUCUCUACAUCCUGUCCAAGUAUUUAGGUCUGGACUCCCCCUUUUUAAAGCAGGUGCUGUCAGAACCUUGGAAGUUGUCCACCAGCCAGACUCCUCAGCAGCAGCUCAACUUAGUCGACGUCAGCAAGUUCCCCAAAUAUGUCAGUGCUGGAGGUGGAUUUGGCCCCGUGGCAGAUGACGGUUACGGCGUGUCUUACAUCAUCGCUGGAGAAAACCUCAUCACUUUCCACAUCUCCAGCAAGUUCUCCAGUCCUGACACAGACUCGUGCAGGUUCGGUAGGCACAUCCAGAAGGCCAUGGUGGACAUCCAAGCACUUUUCAAGUCCACCAACGACAAGAAGACGUCAGAGUGUGACAAGAAGAUGUCGGAGUGUGAAGAGCAGCUGAAGAACGGGAAGAAGCACAAGUAGUAGUCAUGGUCGUGUCUAACUCCCUGCCAACAUGGGCGAUCAAGGAAGGAUAAACACUUCUGCUUCUAUUCUACUUUUCUGCAUGUUCCUUGUAAAUAAAUCUACUUUUUGGAAUCGUCAA